AUGAUUACCGACUUAGAUAAUAAGCGGAAUUCAAUUUCGACUCGACAACAUGUGUUUGAAUCUCUUAUGUCUGAAUGUCAACAAACAAAUCAACCAACACUCAUCAAAUUAAUUGAAUAUUAUUUUCAAACGGAAUCAUCAAAUGCAUUACUUCUAAUUAAGCAAUUUAAUGAAGCAGGAAAAGAACAAUCGAAAAUUCUAAUUGAACAUUUAAAUACACAAGGUUUAAAACAAUGUAAUCGGUAUUCAAAUAGUGAAGUUAAUUCACAUGAAGAACAAGAAAAAAUUGCUCAUACAAUGAAAGUUUUUCGUAUUUUAUGUUUAAUUAUUCAUAGUCAAGUACCUGGAUUACCAACACUUAUUAAAGAUAGUGUAUUACUUCCAAAUUGUCUUCAUGCAAUUACAAAGUGUAAAGAUGAUCCAAAUAUAUUGGCACAAGCUUGUUAUUUUUUUGCUGCAUUAACUGCUACUUUACCUGGUGAAAUUGUUCAACAAACAGAUUCAAUUCUUAAUAUAUUUAAAUCUACAUGCAAAUAUCUUUAUAAAAAUAAUAAAUCCCUUCAACAACUUUCUGUUCAAAUCCAUUCGCAUUCUCUUAAUAAUGUUCAAUUAUGGAUUGUAAAUCAAUCAGCACAUGCAUUAUUUUAUACACUUUAUACAGCAUAUCCAUGUAAUUUUUUAUAUCAAAUUCAACGUGAAUUUCAACGAAAUGAAAAUCUUGAUGUAUUUGAGAAUAUUUUUAUACCUAUGUUUCAACGUGUUCGAUUUAAUCCACGUCUUAUUGAAAGUGAUAGAAAACGUGAAUUAGAUAAAGAUAAACGUUUAAAAAAAGAUACUUAUAAUAUUAUUUAUGAAGCAAGAAAACUUUCACUUGAUCCAUUAUUUGGAAGAGAAUUACCAACUGAUAAUAAUUGGAUGCAUCAAGAAAUGAAGAAAAUUUUACCAUUUUAUCAAUUUAAACGACAAUCUCUAGCUAGAUCCAUAGAUCAAUUAAGUGAUGGAUUACGAAAUAUGAAUGAUAAUGCUACACCACAAGAGAAUGCUUCAAAACGACAAAGCAGUUCACCAUUUCAAAAAUUUAAAGAAAAAAUUAAAUCUUUGGUUCGUCCAGCAUCAUCAUCAACUCCAGCAACUACAAUUUCAACACCCGAUGGUGUCAUGACAACAAACAAUAAUCCUAAUAAUAUAUUAUCUAUUCCUAAUGUUUCUUCGUCUAGUCUAGCAUCUCCAUCACCUUCACUUGGAUCAGAUAUACGUGCUGUUAAAACAAUGCCUGAAUUACAAAGUAAUAGCGAUCUAUUAUCAUCUGCUUCAUCAACUCCAGUAAUUCGUCGUUCUGAUCAGCAAUAUCAAAUCUAUAUCAGAUCAGUUAUUGAUACAAUUUCAUCAAUAUAUGAUCAAAAUAAUAUACCACCUCAUUGGAGAAAAUUUCUUGGUCGUUAUGAUGCAAAUCUUCUUGUUGUUGCACCACCACCACCAUCACGUCAAGCAACUUUCUAUGUUUCACCAUCUGAACAUAGUCUUGAUAAUCAACAAGCGCAACAUUAUCAACAGCAAUUUGAUGAUAGUUCACCAUCAUCAACAAAUGAAAGACGACAACGAUGUGCAUCAGCUUCUUGUGCAAGUGGUCAACAUGUUCAUUCACCUGUUCUUGCUGCACCGACUACAUCUACAGAUGAUAUUUUACCUCGUACACAAUCAUUAUCAACAAGACAACGUACUCGAAAUUCUGCAACAGGACCAUUUCAACAAAAAUAUUUUCUCGCACAUCAAACUCAAUAUGAAGAAGAUGAUAAUGAUGAUAAUGUAUAUAUCGAUCCACCAUCAACUAUUGAUCCAUGGUCAAUGUCUAUUCCAUCGGAAAUAUAUAUUUCUUCUGAAACAAAAAAUUCUAUUAUUGAUGAAAUCGCCUGGACUGAUCAUGAUUUAAUUUCUAUACCACAUUUUGAUUUUAAUGAUAUUGUCACUAAUAAUUGUUCUUCCAAUGAACUUAAACAAUUUGAUCGUUUAUAUGAAUGUCAUUCAAGUUACGAAGUAUUUUUAACAGAACAAUAUAAAAAAAUAUGGCAACAUUUAUGGGCAAAACAAAAAACUUGUAAUAAACAUUUCAAUGAUCUUCAAACAACACGUGCAUUUAUGGAUACACUUCGACAUGAAGUUCAUGGUUAUCUUACUGAUGAAUUAAAUAUAUAUGAACAUGAUUCAAAAUGUCUUUCGGAUGAAAAUACUUUAUUAGGAGGAAAAGUUGUUGAGUUAGGAAAAGUAACAACUCGUCGAAAACAAGUCUGUGCAAAUGAAGCUAAAGAUAAAGAAAUGAGAGAAUUAGAAGAAACAUGUGAACAACUUCGAAAAACUGUAAAUAAUGAAACAUUAAAAUUAAAUAAUUUACAUGUUGAAUUAGAUGAUAAUGAAAAAGAAACGAAAUUAAUUGGUGAACGUUUAGAACAAUUAAAAAAUAUUACACAAAAUAUAACACAUCUUAAUGAUUUGAAUCAACAACUUGAAUGUCAAUAUUUACGAUUUACAGAUGAUAUGCAAAUGACAAUAAAUAGACAAUUAUUAUCAGCAUAUCUUUCAAAAGAUGAUAAUGAUGAACAAAAUCAAUUUAAAUCAACACCAUCGACAACAACAAAUGGACAUGAUGAAACAAGUGAACUUGAUUCAAUUUCUUUUAGUGAUGAACAUCGAGAAGAAAUCGAUGAUUUACAACAACAAGGUGAAGGACACAUAGAAAAUUAUGAUCAAUUACUUGCUGAUAUGAUCGUAACAUUGACAAAUCAAAAUAUGAACAAUGAUUUAACUAAAACAGAUAUUGAAAAUGAAGCAUACAGAAUAGUUCUUGAAUAUAUGGAAUCGAAAGCUAAUAUGCAGAAUUAUCUCAUGGAGCAUAAUACACAGUAUACUGAUCUGUAUUUAGCAGUGCAACAAGAUUACAUCAUGCAAGUCGAAAAAGAUCUUUCCUUGAAUCAAUCGCUAUUAGAGCAGAUGCAGAAUGUGGCAAUUUAA